CUUAAUGGUAAGCAACAGUUUUGACAAAACUGUUGCUUAUUUACUUAUUUACUUUAACAGAUGUAUAACUUAUCUAUUACAAUAAAACAGGCAUACUUUUCCUCCAGAGCCAUGAUUUCACUGGCAUUAUUCUCAGGUCUCUUUACCCUCACACUGUGUGCCCCUCAGUUUGUCUUUGUAAAUGAGUCCAAGACUUGGGCAGAAGCUCAGAGAUACUGUAGAGAUAAAUACACUGAUCUGGCCACCAUUGGAAAUGAACAACAGACAGUCCAGUUGCUUGACACAGUGAAUGAUGAUUCCAUUGAUUUGGCCUGGAUUGGACUCUAUGAUGAUCUGAACAGUUGGAAAUGGACUCUAGAGGACAGUGAUUUCUUCAGUGUUGGAGAGAAAAACUUCAGGAACUGGUAUAACCAUGGACCAGGCAAUUCUGGAGCACAAAGUCUGUGUGUUUACAUAUAUUAUGGGAUAUGGUAUGCAGCAAGCUGCUCCAAUAGAUUUUAUCUAACGGUCUGCUAUGAUGGAAGAGAAAAUGCUAGCACAACUUAUGUUGUCGUUUACCAGUACAAAAACUGGACUGAAGCUCAGAGUUACUGCAGAGAACAUCACACAGACCUCGUCAGUAUCAGAAAUGAGUUUGAAAACUAUAAGAUCCUAUAUUUAUUACAAAAUUAUUAUUAUGCAAGUGUUUGGAUUGGACUGUACAAAACUGGAUCUUGGUCAGAUCAGAGUAACUCUUCAUUUACUUACUGGAGCACAAGGCAACCAGAUACUGCAGGAUCCUGCACUGUAGUCUCAUUCAGUGAUUCUGGAAAAUGGAAUGGAUGAAAACUGCAAUUA